AAAGUCUACGUGCUCCACUUCGCCUGUUCAUAGUGUCUCUGCGAGCUCAAGCUUUCCUUCUUGGAUUUACUGCAUGCUUUUAUAAUCAGCUUUUUUGAGAGGGGGAAAUGACCAUUAAAGAUUUCUCGAUUGAAUAUGAUUCCAUCAAUAGCCAAAACAUCUUCACAAAUGGAGACACCAUGAACGGAAGAAUUAUUGUGGAGGUCUCCAAAGAAACUGAAAUCCAGUCACUAACUUUUAUUGGAAAAGGAAAGGCAAAGGUUCGCUGGCAUGAACAACACGGACAACAUGACCAUCGUUACUACUGGUCUGAUGAAAAAUAUUACGAUGUCAAGCAAUAUAUCUUGAAAGAUGGUAAUAAAAUAAUCACCAAAGGAAGACAUGUGUUCCCUUUUACCUUCAUGAUACCUGACAGAAAAAUGCCAUCAUCGUUCAGUUCAGGGACCGGCAGAAUUGUUCAUAAGGUUAAUGCAGAGCUCAAACAAUCAAUGAAGUUAACAAAAACAGCUAAAGCCCACUUCACAUUUGUCUCCAGAGCAGACAUGGAGAUACCUGGACUUAUGGAACCACAGCACGAUUGCACUGAUAAAAGUCUCAGUGUCUUUGGCUCUGGAACCGUUUCAAUGGAUGUUCACACAAGCAGAAUGGGAUACCAGCAAGGUGACGCCCUCCAACUCAAAGUGGAAAUUCACAACCAGUCAUCUCGUGCUGUUAAGCCCAAAUUCAUACUGUACGAAAAGCAGAGUUUCUUUGCCCAGGGCCACAGGAGACUUUACACAAAGGAGAUCCUUAAGGAGAAAGUAGAGGCCAUUGAUGCGCAUAGCAAAGAGACUGUGAAGAAGAUGAUCACCAUCCCCAGAGUGCUUCCAUCCUCCAUUCUGAAUUGCUCCAUCAUCAAGCUGGAAUAUAGGCUGAAGAUCUUUCUGGAUAUCAAAUACGCAGUGGACCCAAAGAUCAAGCUUCCAAUCAUUGUCCUACCUGCCUUUGAGGUUCCUGACAUAAAACAACCACCAGGUCCUGCUGCCUUUGGAUUUGAGACAUUUGCGAACUCAAACCAACCAACAUGGAGCCAAGCACCCCAGCAUAAAGCAGCACCCCAACCACUGGACCCCCCUCCACCAUAUGCAGCACACGCAGCAUAUCCCCCCUCGAGUCAUUCUGACAAAGCAAGAAGUUUAUUAUAAAUCUAAUUCCAGUGUGUUUUUAUAUCAACUAAACACAAUGUACUUGGAAUGAUGGCCACAAAGAAACUAAAACAAUAGUUCCCAAAUGUUUGAAAUUAAAAAAGAAAACACCGGUGAGAUAAGUUUUUGUUAUUCUACAACAGAUAAAAACUAGUGCCUUUAAGCGAUUAAAAUUUUCAGAUUAAUUCACUUUCAGAUUAAUUCACAGUGUUGCUGUGAAUUCAUUUCUACGAUUAAAUGUAAUUAUUUUUUAAUCUAUAGUCAUCAUUUGUCAUUCAGUCUUCAUUUGCAUGAGCAAAAAGACUCAGGAAAGAAGGGAAUAUGUAUAUGCACAAAAGGUCUUCAUUGAACACCUUCAACAUCAUGUUCAUGUUAACAAAUGUCCAUUUAUCCACAUUUCCAUGGACCUGUUACUCCUUUUUCAGCGAGCUACUAAGACAACAUUAUCCGAGAAGAAAGCUGACUGCUUCUUAUUUGCCAUGUUGCCUGCAACUGAGAACAGUUUGUCACACGGAACAGUGGUUGUGGCGAGAUAUUUGCAAAGCUGAAUGAGUUGACCACCACCCCAACUGCCCAUUUGCGCAUGUACACGACUUAACACGACUUGGACAAACUGCCCCAAACGCGACGUUUCAGGGAUUUUGAGUGAUUCUGAGAUGCAGAUGGGUUAAUUGUGUCAAAAUCAGAUUAAUGAUGAUGAUGGAUUACUCCGCAUUUACGCGUUAAUUUUGACAGCCUUAAUGAAAACUGCACAGGAUUGUAGUCUUUUGUGUCGUAGCCAGACUUGUGUGGCAAAUUGAAGCUCAAACCUAAAUUGAACUAAAUAUGAAGCUGUAAGGGCAGCAAUGUACUGCCAUUGUCUGUUACUAACACAAUCCUCAUUUCCACAGAGCAACAAAAAUAACUAGAUAAUCUGCAUAUAAAAUGCCAGAACUUUGCGUGUGCAUAUCUGCUUGAUCUCGUGGCCUUAUUCAAAAGCAUAUUUGUAAUACUCUACUUGAUGUGUGUUUUGAUGAAGUUCAUUUACGGGAGUAUUGUGUUGCCACUGUGUUGUCAUUGACUAAUAUUUAAAUUUGUUUGAUGAUCUGAAAAAUGUGAGUGAAAUGCAAACAUUUCACACCACUGUACAGGUAUAUGGUGUUGGAAUUGCACUGCUGUUGAUGUGUUCAAGUCAGAAUAAAGUUAU